AUGGCUGUAACGUGUCUCCUUGUCAUUGGAUUAUCAUCAUUGAUAUAUGCCGGAGAUACGGAAGAAAAUUCUGAUAUUACGAAAUUAGAAGUAGUAGAAUUGAGCGAAGCGGAAACCGAUAGCGAUACAAAGGAAUCAGAUGUUCAAAUAAAAAGAGAUUCUGGAUAUUCGUAUAAUAGACCCAAUACAAGAUCUAGAUUUCAGUCUGGUCAAUCGGGAUAUCGAGGUAGAAUCCUUACGAGAAUUCCAAGUCAAAUAAAUAGGCCAUUUAACAAAUAUGGUCCACCGAAUCAUCAGAAUUUGGGAUUGUCCAAACCCAAUUUACAUGGCCAACAACAUCGUGAUAAAUUUCAAUCUUCUCAAAAUCGUCAUCCGAAUAAUCAACAUUCCAAUAAUUUUCCAAAUCAUGGCAAUCAUUUAUGGGAUCAAGGUAUACCAAGUCCUAUAAGAAAUCUUGAUUUUGCCGAAAUUAGUCCUAUAGCCAGUCAAAACAACGAACCAUUUGGUUCAAAUACAGCUAAUUAUUUGCCACCUAGAAAUCAAAAAUUGCCAGCUUAUUCGCCAGCUGAUAACUUUUCUCCGCAAAAUACAGUAUCAACAUCGCAAAGUCAUGUCGAAGGUCACAAUUCUAAUUUACAAAAUCAAGAUAUCGUUCAAUCGCAAGGAGGUCAGAUAUCCGAUGCUGCUCUAUUUUUAACACAAAAUGCACAAGCCUUACAACAAUUGUAUGGUGCUCCAGCGACCAAUCAAGAUUUCGCCCCAAAUACGAACGAUUUCGUCGAUCAAAAUAAUCAGAUUCAAAAUCCAAAUGGUCAAUUUCAACAUUUCGAGAAUAUCUCACCAAAUCCUCAAAUCUUUCGAGGACCAUUACCUGCUUACGCUUCGGGAACAUUGAAUCCUCAAGAGACACUUGAGCACAUACAAUCAUUAGAAAAAGAUAGAUUGAUCGCGCAGCUGCAACAAGCUUUAGCUCAAUCCCAAGUUCAAUCUCCUAAUACUGAAGGUAGAUACGCUCAAAGUCAUGGCAAUUAUCCUCAGAAUCAGGAUCUCUUGGCUUCUGUUGGUACGGAAUUUCCACCGUUAGGAACAACUACCGGUCCAAUCAAAUUUCCUUUAGGUUAUGGUUUGACAACAACGACGACUCAAUCACCGGGCACCAGCACGACAACGACAAUCGCAACUUCAACCGGACGUCCUAUCCAGGCUAACAAAGGCGAUGGUACAACGCAGAUUGGUGUAAACGUGCCUGUUCCUGCUCAACCUGGAACUGCGGUCGUAAAUCCCAUAGGAUUCCCAUUGUACGGCGGGUUCGUACCAACCUUCGUAGCAAAUGUCCCUAGCUAUGGAGUUUAUGCUCCAGGCACAGUGACACCGAUACAAUCGUCAGGAUCAUCGUCUACUCACUUUGGAAUACCUAUUCCAACAGAUCAAGGAAAUAAAGGAAUUCAACCUCAGACACCUCAGCUACCUCCAAAGAUACCACCACCGUCAACUAAUCAACCUGGAGUUGUCAGUUCAACGCCCGUUCAACAACCUGCACAUCCAAUUUCUCCUUUGCAUCCUGUUGCUACACCCAUUCAUCCUGUUCUUCCAGCAACUCCAACACACAUUCAACCAUCGAUAGGUACUACACCAAAUCAACAUCCCACUUAUGGCCUACAAACGCCUCUUAUCAAUCCUUUGAUAUAUAAACCGAUAAAGUCUGUCUAUCCUGUCUAUUAUUAUUCAAAUGUAGCUUAUCAAUUACAAAAACCAACAUUGCCAACCUAUCCUUGGAGUUAUGCACCCUCAUACGUUUCUACAAAACCUGCUCAAAUAUGGAAAUGAAAUGGUGCUAUAUAUCUUGAACGAUACGCGACUCGUUCUCCCACGUUGUCGUGACUUGUUCACUCUCACGAAUACGAAAGAAAGGAAGAAAGGAAGAAUGAAUGAAUGAAAGAAAAAAAAAAAA